UCAAAGAAAGCCACAGAUGAAGCUGCAGUAACCCGCAAAUGGAGACAGCAUGAUAUUAUUGCCAAGUCGCAGCGUGCUGAUGUUUGGCCAGAGUGGCUUGGCGAAGACCGAGAACCGGAAGAUUUUUUUGAGUUAUUUUUUGACGUGGAGGUAAUAUCUCUUAUCGCUGACCAGUCUAUCAAGUACGCGGUGGAAAAAGGCCAGACUCAAUUUAUAAUCUCAGAAAAUGAAUUUAAAAUAUUUCUCGCAAUUCUGUUAAUUAGUGGUUACUGUUGCUAUCCGCGUAGGCGUAUGUACUGGGAAUGUGCUGCUGACGUUCACCAAGCUGGUAUAGCAAACGCUAUGAGUAGGAACCGCUUUGAGGAAAUACUCCGCUUCUUUCACGUUUGCGAUAACUCUAAUCUUGACCAAAGCGACAAGUUUGCUAAAAUUCGGCCUCUGUGGUCCUUGCUAAAUUCUAGGUGGUUGAAGUGGUUUCCCGGGGAUGGAAAUUUGAGUGUAGACGAGUCAAUGUGUCCAUACUUUGGGAGACACAGUUGCAAGCAGCACAUUCAUGGUAAACCCAUUUCUUUUGGGUACAAAAUUUGGUGUCUGUACACACGGCUCGGUUACAUAAUUCAAGGUAUUCCCUAUCAAGGAGAUUCUACGGGAAACACAUACCCUGAUAUCGGUGUAGGAGGCUCCGUGGUGCUAAACUUAGUUGAAGCUUUGCCUUCAAAACACCAUUUACAUUUCGAUAACUUUUUUACCUCGCUAAAACUACUUGACUCGCUUCAAAAAAAAGGGCAUGAUGGUACCGGUACCAUUCGAGCAAACAGAGAAGAACACGCGCCGCUAAAAAAUCCGAAAGUCAUGAAAAAUUGUAAAAGGGGCGAAUAUCAUCAGGUAACUGAUGUCAACUCAAAAAUCACGUUAGUUCGAUACAAUGAUAACAAUGUAGUAACAGUUGGCUCUACAUUCUGCGGGGUUCAACCUAUCGGUCAGUGUAAGCGGUGGAGUAAGGCUGAAAAAAAGCGCAUUACUAUCGACCAGCCGCGUUGCAUCGUUCAGUACAAUGAAAACAUGGGCGGUGUAGAUAGGAUGGACCAAAAUAUUGCGUCUUAUCGCAUAGGAAUCAGGAGUAAAAAGUGGUACUGGCCGCUCAUUGGGUACGCCAUCAAUACAUGCGUAAACAACGCUUGGAAAUUGUACAGGCUUACCGAGCAAGGUAAACGAGACGGUCUAGACCUCCUUGGCUUCACCCGACGAAUAGUUCAAACUUAUUUAGCUAAACAUGCUCUUGAGCGUCAGAGACCUGGUCGUGCUCCUGUACCGGUGAAGCGUAGGGUUGAAAAUGCU